CAUGGACAACCUCACCAUAGCAUCUCGAAAGCUUAAGCAGACUGCGACCACUGCUAAGAGCACGAAUGCUUCCACUGGUGCAGGAGUAGCGAAGCGCAGUCACAAGAAGCUUCGUUUCCAUGAGAACGGCCUACUCAAUAUUGAGCGAAAGACGGGAAAGUACCUCAAGAUCGCGAGACAGAACCAGGGAGAUUCAUCAUUACUGCGCCUGCCGCCGGAACUACGCCACUUAAUCUUCAGAUACGUGCUUGGUGGCAAGGCAUUUGAGAUCGGAUGCGACUGACGGGGUCGCAACGCAAGAAACAAAACACUGUCAAAGAAUGCUCUCGCUUUGCUUGCCGUCUCUCGUCAAACUUUUGCCGAAACUUCUCUGCU